AUGUCCGGUGCCUCGGCUGUUUUCAUAUUGGAUUUGAAGGGUAAGGCUAUUAUAUGGAGAAACUAUCGCGGAGAGGUCCCCCCAACCGUAACUGACCAUUUCAUCGAUAACGUUGUUGAUGCAGAAGAUGUGUGUGUGAAGCCGAUUUUCGUGGAGGAUGGUAUCGUCUACUGCUGGAUACAGUAUAAUAAUAUCUACCUUAUGGCGGUCACACAGAGGAAUGGCAACGCGAUGAUGAUUUUAUCCUAUCUAUACAAGUUGGCUGAAGUUUUGAAGGAUUAUUUCAAGACGGUUGAUGAGGACCAUAUCAAAGACAACUUCGUUCUUACUUACGAGUUAUUGGAUGAAAUGAUGGACAAUGGCUAUCCGCAGACUACCGAGACUAAAAUUCUUCGGGAAUACAUCAAAACGGAAUAUAAGAAAGUCAAAGUCGAUAAAAUGAAAGCUCCACCAACAGCAGCGACAAGCGCAGUGAGUUGGAGGCCUGAAGGCAUUAAGCAUAAGAAGAACGAAAUUUUCCUCGAUGUGAUCGAAAAGUUGAAUUUAUUGGUAGCAGCGAAUGGACAAGUUCUUCGGUCGGAGAUUUUGGGAUCGUUGAAAAUGAAAUCGUUUCUUUCGGGAAUGCCAGAAUGCAAGCUCGGAUUGAACGACAAGUUGCUAGCAGCUGGCGGGACGGCCGGAUCGAGCCGAGGGGGGAAAGGUGUCGAAAUGGAAGACAUCAAGUUUCACCAAUGUGUUCGACUCAGUCGUUUUGAACAGGAUAGGACAAUAUCAUUCAUCCCACCCGAUGGCGAGUUCGAACUCAUGAGUUACCGAUUGAACACUCCAGUUAAGCCGCUGAUUACAGUAGAGGCGGUGGUGGAUCCAAGCCAGUCGGGAAGGCGACUGGAAGUGAUGAUUAAAGUCAAAAGCCAGUUUAAAAGCAGGUCAAUAGCAAAUUCUGUUGAGAUUCAUGUUCCUGUACCCGGUGAUGUUGACACUCCUCAAUGCAAGGCUAGCACAGGUUCGGUCAAGUACCACCCGGAGAAGGACUGUGUGACCUGGUCGAUUAAACAGUUCCCUGGUCAGAAGGAUUACAUUAUGACGUCGAACUUUGGAUUGCCCAGUAUUUCUAUGGAAGCCGCGAGGGAUCUCUACGCAAAGAAGCCGAUUUCAGUGAAGUUUGAGAUACCUUAUUUCACCGUCAGUGGCCUUACUGUGAGGUAUCUGAAAAUUGUGGAGAAGUCGGGAUACCAAGCACUUCCAUGGGUUCGGUAUAUCACUCAAAGCGGCGACUAUCAGCUGAGAAUGACCUGA